CAGGCGAUUGUUGAUUUUGCAUUCCAUUGAGACUCGAUUGACCUGCUUGUACAGUUCACCUCUAGAGAUGAGGUUCCUCUCGGUGUUGCUUGCGGCUGGAGCUGCCUCUGCCGAACUAUCCCAGAUACCCUUCCAAGCCACCCCAGAAGUCGAGGGCUUCCAGACUUUCCACAGCCAAUUCUCGGAGCAUCACUCUAUUCGCAUCAAACAGCAGCAGAACGACACAAUCUGCAAUGCGCACUCGAAGCAGUACACCGGCUGGCUGGAUGUUGGCGCCAAGCACAUCUUCUUCUGGUAUUUCGAGUCGCAGAACACGCCGUCCGAAGAUCCGUUGUUGCUAUGGCUCACAGGCGGUCCUGGCGGAUCGGGCAUGAUCGGUAUGCUCCAAGAAAAUGGUCCUUGCUUGAUUAACGAGCAUGGCAAUGGAACUGUCUACAACGAAUACGGUUGGAGCAAGAACGCCAACGUCAUCUAUGUCGACCAGCCAGCUGGAGUUGGCUUUAGCUAUGUCGAUGAGGGCAUACCAGUACCUGCAACCAGUUUUACCGCUGCGGAGGAUAUGCAUCACUUUCUGCAGCUAUUCACGAGCGACAUAUUCCCGAAACUGAAGCAUAAUGAGUUUCACAUUACCGGCGAAAGCUAUGCUGGUCACUAUGUGCCUACAUUGGGCGCUCAGAUCGUGUCUCAGAAUCAGCUCUACCCCAAACGACCUCAGGUAAACCUCAAGUCGAUCUUCGUUGGCAACGCCUACGUCAGCCCUCUCGACACGGCCUUUGGCUACUGGGAGACGCUUUGCACAACGAACCCCGGCCUCGAGGAACCCGUCUUCAACCAGACACGUUGCGACAUCAUGGCCACCCAUCUUCCUCGCUGCCUAGAAAUAGCACGUGUCUGCUACAAUCACCCUGAUCCAGCAAUAUGUCUUGCCGGCGAGGAGGUCUGCUGGAACGGCGUGAUUGUGCACUAUGAUGGCGAAUCCGGCGCGGGAGGCCGCAACCGCUUCGACAUUACGCAUCCUUGUGAGACAGGAGAUGAUCUCUGCUACCCCGAGAUCCAAAGGAUUGGCGAAUACCUCAAUCUACCCUGGGUGUAUGAAGCCCUGCACGUACCAAAAGCAGUCGGCAACUACAGUGUCUUUUCUGAGGCCGUUGCAAUUGCGUUCUCCUUGACAAAUGACGGGGGCCUCAGCACCCAGCCGCAGGUCCUGUACCUAUUAGAGCACGGCAUCGACGUGCUUUUCUACCAGGGCAAUUUGGAUCUUGCGUGUAACACUGCCGGCAACCUACAGUGGGCCAACUCAAUGCCGUGGAAAGGUCAGCCGGCGUUCGUUGCGCAGAGCAAGAAGACAUGGAAGGAUGGAACACAAGAGAUUGGCUGGUUCAAGGAAGUCAAGGUUAAGACUACCAGUGGUAGGGAGACGACCUUUGCACUCAGCACUGUCAAUGGAGCGGGACAUCUAGUGCCAUUCGACAAGCCAAAGGAGGCACUGGCUCUUGUGGACAAAUGGCUGACCGAGCGCAGUUUUGCAUAAAGUAUGUGUCAAUAUAGAUUGUGAAUAAACCAAGAACCAACAGCUCGAUACCUACCGAAGGAGCUCAGAAAUUGAAGAAGUUGUGUAACUCGCCGCUAGUGUGGGUCGCCAUAUUCACGGCAAAGCCG